AUGGGGAUUGGAAAUGGGAAGCUGUUGCCAACGAGGAAUGAAGUAUUGGACAUAUACAAGUGAAAUACUCUGAUGCUAGAUGCUCUUGGACUAGAAUGUGUGUCCCAUCUGGGGGGAAAGUUGCUGACUACAUAACCUGCAUAGAGAACAUCUGUAACAUGUAAUGGCUGCUCAGAGGAUGCCACAGCAGCAGCACAAUAAUAGCCAGAAUGCAUCAUCAUCACCAUGUAACAUUCCUGGUUCAUAUGAGCAAUCACAGGUUACCCCUAGUAGUGAACACAAUGAGCAGGCUAGUCGUCCUAUGUUAGGUGCUGACAGCAGGCUUGUUCCAAGUGCCAGCAUAAGUGAUAGGAAUGGUGCACAGGCCCAGGCUGUGGAUCCUGGACUUGAAAACACACAGGUGAACCAGUCGAAAUAUUCCUUUACUUCAUCCACAGCCAGUGUUACUGAUUGCAUAGGACCUGCUCACAAUCUGUUCAGAAGUGAUUCUGAACAUAAACUAGACAUUGAAGAUAAGACUCUAGAGGAAAAUGAAGAUGAACAAUCUAGAGAUAACCUAGGAGCACCUAGAGUUGAUGAUGUCGGUGUCAGCUUGCUUCCAACCUUCCAGAUGGUGCAGCCAGCCAGAGCAGGUGAUGAAUCAACCGGCCUAGUUAAUAGCAUUGGAUUGUUUGAUAUUUAUUCUUAUGAAAACCAACCAUAUUUAUUAUCUCAAGGUGUUCCACCAUUUGCAGAUGAUACUCUGGGAAGAAGCCUUUCUAGUGCUACUAGUAGUAGCCAGAACAAAGGAGCGCUUUCUGGUAGCCUUCAUAUUUCAGAUGGUGCAAUAGGACUUGCUUCUUCAUCACCAGCUUUUGAGAAAUGUGUUCUACCUGCUGCAAGUCUGGUGUCACAGAGUUUACAACCCUAUGCCCAGAGAACCACAGAAAGAGACCAGGUGUCUGAACAAUGUCAUCAGAAAAUGCACCAGUUAUUGACCAUAAUGCUGGCCGGGCUGGACAUGUUCCUGUCUUCCAGCAGCCAGAGUUUGACCAAGAUGAUGCAGCUCAAGAUAGGGAUUUGUCGGAGGCUGUUCCUUUAGAUGACAAUCAUGUUGACUAUGCUGUACAUGAUGCGCAAGCUGCAAAUGCCAUCCUGCAGCCGGAAAUCCUCGAGUUUGAUAGGAAUGAUUACAUUGAUUUGGCACAAGCUCGGGCAGAGAGGAAUCACGAUGCCCCAGCCAGAGCAAGUCGGAGACGACAAUAUUACAUGAAUGCUGAUGGGGACAUUGAUAUUUUCUUAGCACGCCAAGAGUGGAUAUUAGGACAUCUAUGCCUAAGCUGUAGAGAGAAAAACAAAGAAGUCAUGAUGGUUCCAUGUGGACACUCGGUGCUGUGCUGGCUCUGUUUUUUGGAGGCAUCAAAUUUACUGAACAGAUAAACCGGUGUCCAAGAUGCAUGCAGCCAACUUCAGGAAUAAAACUUUCUCAGGAUUGCUACAGAAGGGUUUUGCAGCUGUCUCAUCAGUAAGAGCUUGGUUGACUUAUUUGGAGCAGUGCUAAGUGGAGUGAACAUUUAUGAAAAAGCAUAUUGUUCUUGUUAUUUGGUUCCUCUUUGUGUUUUCUGUAUUUGAUUUUAUUCUUCAUUUAGUAUGGCUGUUUAUUCGUUUAUAGUUCAUAUGUUGAUAUGAUAUUUGUUUUCCUGUCCCUCCUAUGCUGUCCAGGUUUCGUUCUUGUUCUUAAGUGCAAAGAGCAUGCUCAUUAGGAGUGUGAGUAUGCACUUAACAAAUUUUGCAUUUAUUAUUAUUUUAUAAUCUAAAAUCCUUCUUCACUGGAACUUUCAGCCAUCAGGCUGGGUAGAUUGAUCAUUAUAUAUCAUUUACGUUUCUGGAUUUGUUUAUAGAAGCAUUUUUAGAAGCCCAUAAUCUUCACAGAAGGCACUUACUGUGAGAAGAAGAAGAAUAAUAAUGCUGAAAAGCCGUGAAACCUGAACCACAGGGUUCCUUCUGUGUCUGUUGUGUUGAUUUACAAACUUUGAACCCACUUUGAAGUAAUCCUAUUCAUGAUUUGUCAUGAAAGCGAUAAAAUGUGCCUUUAGACACAAAGGAUUUUUUAAAAACUUUUUACAACACCUCAGGUAAUUAUGCUAGAGUAUUUGAUGAUGCUUUAUUUGAAUUACAUUCCUGCACUCUGCAAGACCAGGGUGACCUUGUUGCAUACUUCAGUUGUAGUUGAUGGGCAAUGAAGCAUGGAUAAAAGAGACUUCACAAGAGAGGGAAUUGCAAUCAGUGAGUGGAUGAAAGCAAAACAGGAAAAAUAUCGGUCAGGCUGGAAUGUUGACAGCCUCAAUUUCUGAUGUUAUUGGUGGUUUGCAGCAUGUCACAAUCUAUUGACAGUAGAAUUUUAAAUGUAUUAUGCUUUGGAACGUGUGUAAAUGGAGGGUGAUCAAAGAAUGUGCAUGUGAUUAACAGCUUGAAACAUGCCAGAGUAUGAAUGUUGAAUGCAAGAUAAAGCAGAGAAGUUCUCUAAAGAUAUAAAAAUGUAUGAACGUAUUUCAUGAUGUGAGGUGAUUACAGUUUCAUAAGUUGUGAUAGUUAUGGGUCACUUAGUUAACAUAAAUGUGUUAACUGUCUUAUCAUUUAGGUAGAGGAAGGGAGUUUUAUCUUGUGGCAAUUUUAGGGAAAAUGAGAAAGUUUGGAUGGAGAAAUGCCAUUGUGUGUAUAUUGCAGUGGUAUUGAUAACAUCAACAUUCCUGCCUUACGAUUCUUUUGCCCAGUUGCUUGACAAAUGGAAAGUUAAGGUCUGCCGAGAAGUGCUGCUUUUGGUGCGGCUGCUAGAUCUGAUAUCCCACUGUUACAUUUGUCUUUUAGAUAUAUUACACUUUUAGUCUUUGGUAAAGCCAGAUACAAAAUGGGCUUAAUUGAUAGAUUGAGUUAGGCUGCCAUAUUGUUGUCAUGUCUUUGAAACAUUGUAAGAACUGUUUCCUUAAGUAGUGGGGUGGUGUCAAAGUGCCAGUACCCAGGGGCUAGAGAUUAAUGACAAGGAACACUGUGAUGAAAAUUAAGCUAAUCAAAUAAUGAGAAUACUUGUGUGGCAGAGGAAAAGAUUGCAAACAGUAAUAUAAAAUUUCAGUAUACCUACUUGCAUUCCUUGAUGUCGAGAUCGUUGUGGAGGAAGUUGUCAGUGAUCUCAGUUUGUAAAAAAAAAAUGCAUUUGCAGAACUGAAUGAACCUUCUUCAACAUCAGUUGCAUGGAGGCAGAUUGUACUGACUAAAAUUUGUAUUGAUCGUUACAUGUAAACACAUAAGACUAGUCCUUCAUAUGCUUCUUUUUUUCAAAGGCAGAAUGCAACGAAGACAAAUGUAUUUACAUUCUUCUAAGCUAUGCUUUUCCACAGAAUGCAGAUUGCAAGCUAUAAAUCUGCUAACAAAAUUACCACUGCUCAAUGCAUAUCUUAUUUAAUGGGCCUGUUGUAAAACUGCUGACACUGGUCCUGCAUUGCUCAACUCUUAGGCCACAAGCAAUAUUUUCUGUUAUUUUGCAGUUGUUGAGCCUAAGAGAUUGUAUUUACUUCAGGUAGACAUGUUUGAGAAACAGGGAAAAUGAAUUUAUUUUGCUGGUCAUGAAGGAAAACAGAAUAUUUAUGUUUAUAAAGAUAACUUUUAUUUUUCAUAUCCCUUCCUUUUACUUUCAUGUAAAAUUUUUACAAAGUUCGUGUUCAAAUGUCUAUAAUAUUUAUUUAAGUGUCUAAUUUAUUUAGAGGAGGAUGCAAUAGAAGCUUCAGUUAGCUUUGAAAAGCUUGGUAUUGAGAAAGAUUGUUGAAUGAAGUACCGGUGAUAUUGGAAAAUGGCAUCAGUCAGAUAGAUGAAGUGUUGAGAUUAGAAAAGGGUAUUGAUGUUCAGUUGUGAUAUGACAUCUGUGUUGUUGAAAAAUAUAUUACAGUUCUAAGAAGGGUGUUGUGAACCUUGAACAUUUCUUAGGCUCAGAAAUGUUGGUAGAAACAGUUAACCCCAAGCGUUACUGGGUUCUGAGUUUUAUGUGAAAGUUAAGAAUGGUCGACUGCUGUGAUCUUUUAUUAAGCCUAAGUAAGGCUUGGGGUUAAUGUCAAGGAGAGUAAUUUAUGGAACUGGUUGUUGGAAUUUGCUAUUUAUAGAUCUGUGAGAGCAAGAUUUAAACAGUUUUGCUCCGUUUGUGGGAAGGCAUGUGCAGCUGAUCUCCAGGCAAUAUCACAAAGGCUGCUUGUUUCUGUGGUUAGGACAAACUAUUUUUUUUAGGGGGACUUUGAAGUUUAAAGAAAUAUUUUAGAGGAUUUUUGUGUCUAAACUCUAAAGGAUUGUAGACUAUUUUCUGGAGUAGGGCUGCUUUCACAUUUUUAUAAGAAUUUUUAUGCACUUUUUAUUGCUUUUUGUAGCCGUACUUUUGAAAUCUUGAAGUGGUGAGCACUUAUAUCUCUCCAUUGCUGAUUGACAAUUUUGUAAAUAUUACAGUGAUGGUGGUAAGACUGAUGCCACUUAUGUGCCUGCGUUGUAUGUGAAGAGGUUACCAGCUCUCUCUAGAGUCUAGAGAGUAAAAUUGUGAGAUAAAAAAUGUCUUGUUUUCGGA